UACGUUCAUGAUCAGUCAAAAUAGUGUUAUGAAAAAGGGAUUAAUGUUGGACUGCGGCGCAACAUCCCACAUUAUAACAGAGAUAGAUAAGUUUACAUAUUUUGAUGAUGCCUUCGAUCCUAGCAAACACUUCAUGGAACUGGCAGAUGGAAGGAAAAUGAACAACGUCGCAUUGCGACGAGGGAAUGCUGAAGUAUUCCUGCAAGAUAUAGAAGGAAACUGCAUAAAGACAACACUAAAGGAGGCUUUGUUUAUACCACAUUACCCACAGAGUAUUUUUUCAGUAAAGGCAGCCACCAUGAAUGGAGCUAGAGUUAGAUUUCAAGAUGGACAGAAUGAGCUAAUUCAUAAAGAUGGGACAGUCUUUGCUAUAGAAGAACACGAAAGAUUGUACUAUUUGAACACGAAACAAGACCGACACAACCUUGGCAACAGAGAAAUUCCUGGCAGACAGUUCACCCUAUGGUAGGGUUAGAUGCAUGAGAUCGGACAAUGGCACAGAAUUCACAGGUAGUGCUUUCCAGUCACUAUUAAGAGUUCGA